AUGAGCGAGUGGAUCUCGGGGCUGAGGCGGACCAGGGUGAAGAGAAUCCCGGGUGAACAUGUGAAGAAAGAGAAAGAGACAGAGAGCAAGAUGGAUGAAGAUGAGAAAGGAUUGGGUGAUCGAGCGGUGCAGGCUAGAUGUUCGAUGAAUGGACUGAACGGAUUGGGUGAACAUGUGAAGAAAGAGAAAGAGACAGAGAGCAAGAUGGAUGAAGAUGAGAAAGGAUUGGUUAAUCGAGCGGUGCAGGCUAGAUGUUCGAUGAAUGGACUGAACGGAUUGGGUGAACAUGUGAAGAAAGAGAAAGAGACAGAGAGCAAGAUGGGUGAAGAUGAGAAAGGAUUGGGUGAUCGAGCGGUGCAGGCUAGAUGUUCGAUGAAUGGACUGAACGGUGGAAAUUCGGUGUCGAAGACUGGAGAGAGCAGGAAAGAUACCUCUUUCAAUAUGGGAGUUGGGUGUUGCCUUUUGUAUCUAAUUGCAGCAAGUAAAAACGAGUUUUGCAGAUGAGGUUGCAAAUGGAAACCCUCCUCCAAAAUACCAGCGAAGAAUUGAUUAA